GUGAAAACAACAACAAAAACAACAGUGUGCAGCAAACGUCAAACGGGCAUCGAUUCGAGCCAGCUCUCUCUGUUCCGAGAACGAACUUCCGGAAGGAGCGGACGAGCUCCGGAGUGUCGGUCAGAACCGGCAGACUAUGGCCGACAACACCGUCUCGAACAGUUUACCAGCGUCACAGCCGCAGCAAAAGGUCACCGGCGGUGGAGGAGGAGGACCGGGAGUGAUGCACCACCAUCAUCACCAUCAUCAUCACCAUCACCACAAUCAUCAUAAGUCGAUGGAAAUGGGCGGCACGGGCAAGAUGGGAGCGAGCAAACAUCACACGAACGUUAUUCACCGGACGACGAGUGAAAGUUUACGUUUGGGCGGAGCGGGUGGAGGCGGAAGCACGGCCGGGAAUGGUUCGCCGAUGAACAGCGUCGGUAGCGGCGCCGGCGGAGGAGGGAUGGUGAGCGGCGCGGGCAAUGGGAACAGCAUCGCGAGUAAUGACACCUCCAGCAGCGGCAGCAUCCCGGCAUCGUCCUCCUCGGUGAACAGUAUUUCUCGUAAGAGCGCCAGCUCGGCGGCUGGCGGUGGUGGUGCUAGCGGUCAGGGUGGAGGAGGAGGUGGGGGUGGAGGCGGCGGAGGCGGCGGUGGGCCACCGAGUGGUGCCGGGAAGACGUCGUCCUUCACGAUCACGUCGGUGAUCGUCGUCCCGGGCAAGCACAACGCGGAUAACGGGGACGAUUCGGCGGACGAUUUGGACGAGUCACACACGGACGACAACAGCCGGAUAACGGACUUCGAGAACGAAACGCCCAGCUUCUCGGAGGACACGUUCAGCAAGGAGGACGUGUUCUUCGGGACGAACGCGAUCGGCAGCGUGCCGGUCAUUCCGACCAGCUCGCAGUACGGGCUGGCAAUCGUGGCCCCGACCGACCGGGCGCACGGCGGUGAAGCGCUGGCCGACGCCAUGCACGUCAGCGUCACCGACGGCGGCCUCAACAUAAUGGGCCACGGCAAGGGUGACAUGGGCGACGGGAAGGAGCUGCACCAUCGCAACGAGCGGUUUAAGGUGGUCAAGAUCGAGAGCACCGAACCGUUCAAACGCGGCCGGUGGGUGUGCAUGGACUACCUGGAUCACACGCUGAACGCGAAGGAAGGCUCCAAUUCCACUGGGCCCGGUGGAGGAAUGGCCGUCGAGGGGGCUAACGAUGGGACGAACAAUAACGCCACCGUCACGCAGGACAGUGGCGUGGGGUUGAAUGACAACGCCAGCUAUGCCGCGUCGGACGGUGGUCCGCUUCCUUCCGGUGGCGAUGUGCCGAACAUGGACGGUGGAUACCUUCCCAGUACGGCCGGAUCUACGGCUUCACCGGCGGUCGUCCCGGCUGGCGGGUCGGUGGCAACCUCGAGCACCACCUCGUCCAACGUGAACAGCGUCGUGCUCGGCAUGCUAAACAACGAAUCUCCCGGACAGAGUUUAAACCUUCCGCUCGCGGCAUCUGCCCAACAGAUGGCGCCACCGCAGGCAUCGCAGCAGUCGCAGCAACAAACUAGUCACGUUCAGUCCACUGCAUCUGGUCAAGGGGGCGGCGGCGGUGGCGUCGGUGGUGCUGGUGGUGCUGGGAUACCACACAGUUUACCUCAGUCGCAGCUGCAAAACGCGUUGGCCGGGCAGCAACAACAACAACAGCAGCAGCAGCAGCAGCAGCAAUCUCAACCGGCUGCGGCCUACCCGACGCAACAACAGCAAGGACAAUCCCAGUACUAUCCCCACACGAUGACGAAUCUGGCCGAUCUGAACCAGGGCCCGGUGUCCAGUCCGGCCACGCACCAACACCAGCAUGGCGCGACGCUGCCGAGCAACAUGCAAAUGCAUCCGCAACAGCCCAGCAGCAACAACCCGGGCGCCGUUUCUUCCACCACCAUUCUUCCACCACUGGCCGCCCCGAUCCCGACAUCACAGGAGAUGAACAUCAUCAUCAACAAUCCGACCAUCCAAUCGAGCUUCCCCUCGCCCCACCAGCAGUUUAAACCGCAGCCCGCCCAGCAGCCCUCGCAGACGAACUCGCCCGGCGUCGUGCCGACAUCCCUGCACGACGCCGCCUCCAACAACCCGUCGGCGGAGCCCGUCGUCACAACGCUCGGUCCCACAAUCCUGUCGCCUUCCGGCACCGGCUCCGGCAAUCCCACUCCGGGUGGCGGCGCCACCGCCGCUUCCCACGAUACAGCCGGUUCUGUAUCGAUCGCUCCGGCCGAGCCGCAGCUGAUUAGCUCGUCCCCCUCGGCCACCUCGUCCCCGGUGGGUGCCGGUUCCUCUUCCGCUCAGAUGAUUCCACAGCAACCGACGCCGUCGGCGUCGUCAGCAGUCCCGGCCGUCACCGGUGCUCCCUCGCCAGCCGUCGGGGGGGAGUCCUCUACUUCGGGCGCUUCCUCGACGACCGGUGCGACUACUGCCACGGCCGGCACCUCGACCGGCACCGGAACGGCCAGCAGCAGCACCGGCAAUGCCAAUGGCACGAACAACGCAACUGCAAACGGUACGAACGGCGCUACUGCCGGCUCUCCUUCGUCCAGUUCCGGCUCGAUCGCAACGGCGACGUCGGCCGGUGGCGAGCAGCUAUCGUCCGAAGCGAAACUACUCUCCGCAGUGUCCGGCGUCACCGGCGGCGGCGAUGGCGAAGAUCCCGACAAGCCCGGCACCGAAGAUGGCGAAAGCAACGCGUUGCAGUCGGCGCAACAACCGCCUGCGCUACAACAGCAGUCGCAGUCGCAACAGCAGCCACAGCAACAACAGCAACCACAGCAACCACCACAGCCACAACACCAACACCAACAGACAAACGCCGCAAACGUUCUGCCUACAGGCUUCCUUCGAAAUGCUUCCCCCGACCGAAGUAUCCUUCCGACACAGACCCCACAGGCCCACAGGCCACCACUCCAGCCACACCCCCAGUAUCCCCCGCAGCACUACGUACCGCACCUGCCCCCCUCGGGCGCUCACGCCGAAGGCUCGGAGAAGCUGCCCAAAGCCUACUCGCUGCCCCCUUCGAUGGGGGGCGCCGCCAAGGAGUCCCUGCGGAAGGACCUGGCACAGAACCUUCUCGAGCAGCAGGUGGCGGCCAGCAAGCGACAACCGUUCCAGCCCCGAGCGGGCGCUUUCAAUGUUGUCGUAAGCGGUAGCAAUAGUAACACUACUAGUAGUAACAACAACCCCACCACCGUAACGACCGCACAGCAGGACAGCAAUGUCUACACGGACAUCGCGCUCGGCAAGAGCAUCCAGAAUCUGAUGAAGCCCACGCCGACGCUGGCCACGGCCGUCUCGAACCGGCUCGCCGGAGCGUCCCUCAAUCGCUCGUUCGGAACGCUCGGACCGUGCCGCGAGCUGCCGGAAAUGGCCGACACCUUGGCCAGCCCCUCGACGGGCUACUGCCGGGCGGCCACCAACCUGCUCGGUAACUUCACCGGAAGUAACAGCGUGAGCGCCUGCACGGACACCUAUCCGCACCGGUGCGUGCAGGAUCUGAUCAAGGAAGAGCUCGGAGGCAUCAACGGCCCGGUGCGCGCCUCCUCGAUGGUGGUCGGCGGGGGGUUCCGGCUGAACAAGGCGGGCAGUAUGAUCAAUAUGGCGAUGGCGGCCGACCUGGAGCUGUACGCCGGCUCCCAGUCCCAUCCCGCCUCGGGUCGCUCGAGUCCGGCCUUCAUGGCCGGAACCACUCCGGUCGGAAGCCCGCCCCGCUUCGUCAACACACUCGGACCGUCGUAUGGUGGUGGUGCUGGCGGUGGUGGUGGUGGUGGUGGUGGUAGUGGCCGUGUCAGCCGUGCCGCAUCGCCCUCCCUUCUGCAUGCCGGUGGCGCUUCUUCCGGUGGAGAACACUCAAGUGCUUCUGGAACGAGUGCGGUUGCCAUCGAUAACAAAAUCGAGCAAGCAAUGGAUCUGGUCAAGUCCCAUCUUAUGUUUGCCGUUCGCGAAGAAGUCGAGGUGCUGAAAGAGCGGAUAUCUGAGCUGAUGGACCGCAUUAACCAGCUCGAGUACGAGAACAACAUUCUAAAGGCGAACGCAUCACAGGAAACGCUGGCACAACUGACGACCGGUGGCAGCAGCGUGGCCGCGGUGGCAGCAGCAGCAGCAGCCCAGCAGCAGGUGUCGACGGCGGCAGCAGCAGCAGCAGCAGCAGCAGCGGCCGCAGCCGCCGCAGCAAUCACCGGAGGCACCACCAAAGUUCCACCCUCACCGGCGAAUCCUGCCAACGGUUCCGUUUCCUAAGCCUCCAAUGUUCCAAUGCAAACCGAUAGGCGUUAGCACGCGUUGACAUAAAGACUACUGUUAGUACAGCUAAUACUACAACUACUACUACUAUUACUACCACUACUACUACUCACCGCGAGCGGCAGGUAGCCGUGGCUGCUCACCCAGUGCGCCUGGUGAAAACGCACCAAAACACCAGCACCAGCAGCGGCAGGAUAACGUUCCUUGUUAAAUGUUUUCCAACGACACUCGGCGCUGUCCAGAGAAAAGACGUCGUGUAACUUGCGCUGGUGGUGGUCGAUGGUACGACGGUUGAGGCUGCCGACUGCCUGGAUACAAGGGUUCUCCCCCGUGGCGGGGAACAAGGUGCGGCCGCUACUCUGCGCGCAAGCAACUUCGAUUCCAAGCCCCGUAGUAUUAAUUGAUGCGACACUACAAACACUCACACACCACACUACCGACGUGACGCAGAACGAAUGCGCGUGUUUCUGAGCGUGUAAGACGUUUCAAGUGAUCCGUGCGACGGGAUGCAACCCGGUGUGUGACUGCACUCGACUGCAGUGAACGAUAAAUGAAGCCAAAAAAAGCAUUAACAAUCGACGCAAUGGAGGACGCGCGGCAUCCGAGAAACAUAUAGAGCACACACCGCUGCUCACAGCGGAUCGCGCAAAUUGAUCAAAGGAAUUGCAAACCAGAGCGAAACACGGACCGACGAGGUGUAUGUGUGUCAUGUUGCCAACGGAGACGCGAUGGUAGCGAACGUAACUAUAUAGAUUCAACUUUAAGCCAUAUAGCGCACCAGGCAGACGGCAGGACGAACUGUAAACUUCAGUGCUGACCUUUUCCGUUUGAUAACGCCCUUCCCGAUUGCAUCGACAAAAACACACGCGUAACAACAGGAGCACCACAGCAACAGAUACUUUUGUUCCCCCGAACAGGGGGCCGAGGGUUGUAAACUCAAAAGUAAAUACCAAACGAUGGCCAACAUUAUUUUUGGAGGAUAAAAUAUGUAAGCGUGUGUCCUUGCGUGCGUGCGUACAAGGGAAGCGUGGCACAACGGAACUAGUUUGAGUGGAGGAUAGAGGAAUGGGUUAGCGAGAAAGGAGAAAGCGCACCGAAGAAAGCCAACAAACGGAACUGAGAUACGUUAAAAUGUGAUUUAAUGAUAGGAAGAGGUUACUUUUCGCCAAGAAAGCGAGAUUACGAGUGCACAGAAAGAGACAGGGAUAUGAAGGGAUCCGGUGUGGAGGUAGAAGCGUUGUAAGCGUAAAGACCCGGAACAAGCUUUAGUUAUUUUUGUUUUUCUCUCUCUUUGCACCAGAAGCAAUAAAAGAAGACGAAGGAACGCUGG